AUGUCUGAACAUGCAAACUCUGAACAUGCAAAUUCUGAUCAUAGCGAGGCAGAUAACGAUCAUGAAAAUGAAAUUCCUAAAACAGAUCAAGAUGAAAGUAUGUCAUUCUCUGAGCUUAUUUUAAUUGAGUACUUUUUACGUUCAACUAAAUGGUUUAUAUUAUUUACAGCAGACAUUCUUGGUGAAUAUGAAGAAGACGCUGAGGAAAUCGAGUUAUCACAUUUGCGUCUUAAAGACCUGUCUGGUUUAGAUCUUGUUCGGUUUCAAAAAUUACAGAAAUUAUGCCUUCGACAAAAUCUUAUUACUAAAAUUGAAGGUUUUGAUGUACUAACAAACUUGGAGGAUCUCGAUCUUUAUGAUAAUCGAAUAUCACAUAUUGAAAAUUUAAAUCAGUUAAAAAAUCUAGUAUCACUAGAUUUGUCUUAUAACAAAAUUAGAGUGAUUGAAAAUUUAGAAGAUCUUACUUGUUUAAAAAACCUAUAUUUUGUUCAAAACAAAAUAUCCAAUAUUAAAAAUUUGGAUUCACUUAUAAAUGUAAUCAAUUUAGAAUUUGGUGGAAAUCGCAUUCGGGUCAUUGAAAAUUUGGAUAAACUUGUUAAUUUGGAACAGCUUUGGCUUGGCAAAAAUAAAAUCUCUGAGUUUCAGAAUCUUGAAAAUUUAAGAAAUCUCAAGAUUUUAAGUAUUCAAAGUAAUCGGUUGACCCAAAUAAAAGGGCUAGAGGGGCUUAUUAAUUUGGAAGAGAUUUACAUGAGCCAUAAUGGCAUAAAUAAACUUGAAGGAUUUGAAAAUAAUGCUAGCAAUAAUUAUCUGUCUGAUUUUGAAGAACUUACGUCGCAACUUGCUCCUCUUCAAAAGUUGACAACUGUUUAUCUGGAAGGAAAUCCUUUGCAAAAAGAAAACUCAUCUAUAUAUAGACUCAAAGUAAAAACAUAUUUACCUCAACUGAUUCAAAUAGAUGCUACGUAA